UCCAGAAAGAAAGGAUGCGUACACGUAUGUGGCACCCAUUUAAUAGUGAUUUUCACUUGUUUGAGGGCGGAGUGUUUACGGAGUGAAACUGAAGAACGAAGAUGAGCAUGAGGGCACCUUGCAUGGUGCGACAGAAGGCAUGGACAGGUGAGUAGGCUUCUUGUCUGAGGCUGUUGUAUGUUACGCGAGAUAUGAUCCUAGAGUUUGCGGUCCUUCAAAACUUGAUGUCAGGGCUCUAUUGUCUCUCUAACGAUCACUUUUUCCGUCCCGAUGAAAAUCAAACGAUCAAAUUUGAAAUUGUAUCUGACCUGCGGAACUCUCGCUAGAGUGUCGCAGUUAUCAUGAAAUGGCUUCGCACGUUGAAACUGGUGAGGCUGGCACCGUAUUUUCUGCUGGGCGCGUUCGCCAUGUUUCUGCUUUGGUGGGCCUGCAAGCGGCGCAGCCAGGUUGUCCCAGUGCGAGACGAGGCAUCGGACGGCGAGGGUCGCCCAGAUCGCACGGAGAGACGACUUGGUCGGCACCAUCACGGCGUUGCCGCUCUGUAAGCGUCGCAGCUUGAAGCGGUCGGGGGCGAUCCCUUUGCGUUGUUCUUUGUCGGUGGUCUCGCAGUGUGCUCUUGAGGUGGAGAAGAACCACGCGGGGCGGGGUAUGGGCGGGCUCCACGCGCCGCAGCUAAGUAGGCCAAGCCAGCCGGAGCAUCGCCCGCAGGUAGGAGGGCGGGCCGGUGUUUGCCGACCAGCCUGCCUCUCUUCAAAACGGGAGAAGGUGGAGUUCCGGGGUUUCAGGGUGGCGAAGGAGUGGCUGAGAGAUCUCUUGGCUGUCUGCGAGAUUGUGAAGAAGCAAGCGCGAUACAGGUGGAGCGUUGGAGAGUUAAACAAAGCGUCCGCGGGAUGCCGACGACAAAGAAAAAGCGACGGCCCGCGCGCGUGCCGCCCGGCCGCGAUCGGGGCCGCCGGCGCCUGCCUCGGUGCGUCUUAGCUUCCCAGCUGUGCCGCGGCGCGCCGCGCUGGUCGUCGUGCCCCGCGGCUUUUCCGAGCUGCCCCGCGGAGCGCCCAGGCGGGCGGGUGGGGGCGUUCGUCGCCGUUGGUUUGUUUCGUGGGUGUUGGCUGAUUGUGGGCUCGUUAGCUCGGGCUCCCCGGCUCGCUAUUCGCGUUCUGUGUGUUGGGAUAUUCUUUCCCCUGCAGCGUCGGUGGCCCGGCGUGGUGGCUGCAGACCAUUCAAUCGGCGCGGGCCCGCCUAUAUCGAUGUAUUGCCGGCAGGCUGCCCGCCGACGACGACGCCGGAUGUGUUGA